UCUAACCCCUACCUGCUCCUUAGUGACCUGUCUCUGUACAGGCCAACCCCACAUGCUCCUUAAUGCCAUUGAUCUGAAUUCUCUGUAAAGUGUGUGUGUGUGUGUGUGUGUGUGUGUGUGUGUGUGUGUGUGUGUGUGUGUGUGUGUGUGUGUGUGUGUGUGUGUGUGUGUGUGUGUGUGUGGGGCUGGGGCGGUAGGGGGUGGUUGGAGGGGGGUGAGGGGUGAUGAGGAGUGCACUGGAGGAGAUAAGCAACAUCUGGAAGGAUUAGGAUGAUCGGGACAUCUUAAGCGCAUUUAAAGAUUUAAGUUUAUAAAAGGGUCAGGAUGUUUGUUGACACACACUGAUGAAGCUCUUAAACCACACCCUGCUACGGGGCAUGCUCACGCACGUCUCCACACUCACGUGCACGCUCCUGAGAUCAGAGUACAUGAGCGUACUUCUACAGAUGCUCUGAUACCGAAGUGACCCAAUAACCUCCAUACAUUUCUAGUAUAGGAUAAAUAUAUGCCUGUAUUCUAUCUAUGGUCGGUGAAUGGCUUGGUGUGUGAGCGGCUGUGAGAGUGAGUGUUUGUUCGUGAGUGACUCAGUCUGUGUGUGAGUGAGUCAGUCUGUGUGUGAGUGAGUCACUCUGUGUGUGAGUGAGUCAGUGCACGGGUGACUCAGUGAGGCUGUGAGAGAGACGUGACAUGAAUCAGUUGAGGGUUUCCUCGUCCUUAUAAAGCAAGUGUGGCCGUGUGUUUCCGGGGCCCCUGUGUGUUUACGGGCCCCUUUAUUUUGACAGGCCCUUUGUGUUUCCGGGGCCGAUGUAUGUUGCCAGGUCCCUGCGUAUCGCCGGGCCCUUGUGUGUUAACAGGCCCCUCUUUGUUUACGGGCCCCUCUGUGUUUCUGGGCCUGAAAUAAUUGAAACUAAAUAGUAAAUAGUACAUCCGAAGCUGCAAAGACAAAAGGAUAUUGAGGAAUGAAACUACGCUUCACCAACUAUCAGUCUGCAAUUGUCCUCAAGCCAAUACUUCUGUCUGACCAUCUCGAUGUCUCUCUCCCCUCGCUCUCUCUCUUCUCUCCUCUCUCCCACACUCGGUCUCUGUCUUUCUCACUUUGCAGAACAAUCAGGGCAGUCCGACAAUUCAAACCAGCAAGGAGACACAGACAUCAAACCUCCCCCCAACGGUCACCUGAGCUUCCAGGACUGCUUCGUCACCUCGGGGGUCUGGAACGUUGCUGAGCUGGUCCGCGUCUCACAGAGUGAGUAACACACACACACCGGGCCUAACUUCUCAUUGGCCGACCUGGACACGCCCGGCUACUAUAACAUCAACCAGGUGGCCCUGGGGAGACGCUCCCUUACCUCCACCCCCUCCACCAGGGCUGAGAUGGAGCUUUAUGCAAGUCUUCCGCCCAGCUCUAACAAGCGUAAGUCGGUGGAUGACAGUGAGAUGGAGCCCGUGGAUGACGUCUUCUACUCCGGUCGCUCUCCCGCCGCCGGGAGCAGCUCCCAGUCCAGCGGCUGGCCCAACGACGUGACACAGCACCACUUGGCUACGGUCCAGGAGAGGAAGAUUAAACAUGAGAGUGAAGGAGUGCAGUUCUCUUACCACGGCCUCUCGUCGCCCGGCUCUCAUAAGAAGUCGGGGAAAUUCGAUUUCGGCGGCCAGGCCCGGCCCCCGCGCAUGGCGUUCUCCCACCACCCGCUGCCCCUGCUGCCGGGCAUGCGACCAGGAAGUCCCCGAGCCUCCGCCUCUGCGCUCCACUUCCCGUCUCCGUCCAUCAUCCAGCAGUCCAGCCCGUACUUCACCCACCCCACCAUCCGCUACCACCACCACCCUGGACAGGACCCCCUCAAGGAGUUUGUUCAGUUCGUCUGCGCCGAUGGGUCCGGACAGCCCACGGGCCAGCCUAACGGGAGCGGCCAGAGCAAAAUGCCGGGCUCCUUCCUGCUUCCUCCUCCGCCCCCGGUGGCCCGCCCCGUGCCCCUCCCCCUGCCCGACUCUAAACCCGGCAGCACGCCGCCCGACGGCGGACUCAGCUCGCCCACAUCUCCGUCAUACUCCACGUCAGGCGCCUCAGCUGCCAACAGGUUUGUCGGCAUCGGAUCACGGGACAACAACUUUCUGAACAUCCCCCAACAGACCCAGUCUUGGUUCCUCUGACAACACCUUCCAACCACCCACCACAUUUAUUUCUCUACGAUCCCGAAUAAGUGAACGAGAAAAUCAGCGAGAAACAGCAGAUCGUUUUCCUCCAAAAACAACAACUACAAUAACAAUGAUGACUACAUCAACAACAUCCCAGUGACAUCACGGUGACAUCACAGCCAGUAGGCACCACCCACUCCGUGAGCUGAAAGUGAAAGUGAAAGCAACAACAGAGACACGCCCCGCCGCCCACUCCCCCCUUCCCCCUUAACCCCCCCCGGCCUGACGGAGAAGGCAGCUGAACCAGAGGUGGAGGAUUGUCAGCUGCAGGCGCUUCUUCACCCCCCAGAACAACACACCUGGAGCAGACCCUCCCCCCGCCCCCACCCAGAGCCCACCUGCCUCUUCCAUUAAUAACGAGGGAUCGCUGGGCUGGUGAACACAGACCCAGACCAGUUCGAUCCGGCCAAACCAGUUUAAACCGGCCAGAAACAAACAGGAAGACAUUUCAAGGGAGAUCCAAUCCAUGUCCCGAAGCCCUGAAAAUACCCCCCCCAAGGCAAAAUCACCCAAACAUCUUAUCAAAAGGGAUCUGACAUCUUGUUUCCAAAAGAAGCGACUCCUAAAGCUACAGUCCAUUGCUACGGCGGUCUCUACAUCGCCGCCAAAAUUAAGAAGUUCUUCUUUCUGGACUCUGACUCUUACUAACCCCGGACAACCAAAUCACAUCUCUGAAGAUUGCACUACACGUUGAACCAACUCACUAUAACCCUGACGAUGUGCACUAUUCACCUGGAAACCACGGCAACGGAGCCCAUGGGACGAGGUUUCUAAAACCAGACGGGAGGAGCGAGGUUCAAAACACGUCCUCCCGUCUUAGCGGUUCGGCUUGGUUCUAAACCCGCCGGCCCCGUUCCGCGCGGCCCCUCCCACGCCCCAGAGAUCCCUCGGUUAUCACCAGGACAUCCUGCAUCCACGUGUUGUACCACACACACACACACCCACAUGCCCACGCACACACAAACACCUCCUAGACAAAGUUCCAUUUUAGGCCCCCGGCAUAUCAAUGUUAAAUCUCUGAAAACACUUCAAGAUCUAAUUUUAUUACCCUGAACCAGACACACACACACACAUACACACACACACACAGACACACACACACACACACAAACGUACAGACAUGGUCGUAUCAUCCUCUGUUACCGCGGCAACGAGACCGAUGGCGGUAGGCGCACGUCGGGUGGUCUCCGCUCCUUCUGACCCCCCCCCCCCCCCCCCCCCCCCAGCCCACCCCCAUCUCCCCCGAUUUUAUAAUGUAGACAAAAGAAAAAAAAACAUUAGAAGAGUAGGUUUUGUUAUUCUGUUGUCGUACUUCUUGUUUGAAUUUGUUCCCUUGAAUUUGUACUAUUUUGUAAUUGUUUUGUAUUUGAAUGAAAGCACCUUAUGGCAGAGAGGCCGCAGGCAUCGUGGCGACGCCACUGUUCCACACAAACGUACGAAGAAGACGGAAACAAAGGUUGUCGUCUAAGAGCGCGACUCCAAACCUUCCAGGGUGAAACUCUGACCCCCCCCCCUCUCUCCUAUUUCUUUUAAAGACCCCUCCCUUACCUUAUAGGAACAUAAAACCCAGCCAAGCUCGGACUAAAUUGCCAAGUUAUUUUGAAACUACUGUUGAGCCUGAAGUGUUAAUAUGAUGGGCUGGCUGGCCUGACUCAGCUAAGUUACCGUCCUGGUCAACCUCUGUUCCCCGAGCAGAGGUACCAUGGCGCUCAGUGUCCCUGGACGAGUCUAGACUGCCUAGACCUCUAGACCUCUAGACAUGAUAACCAGUUGGAUGAGGUCAAGAGACUGAGACUGAUCUAGACUCACCGUCAUACACGGCCAGCCCCCCCCCCCACACCUCCCACAUCCUUACUUCCUGUCUUCCUAAAAGACAGGAAGUGUGUGUCUAUCGGCAUGAAAGAGAAGAAGAAGACAAAAUGCACUAAAAGCGACGACACCAAGCGAGACGCGCCUCACCCAGACCGGUCUUCGUCCGUUACAAUCAAGCGAGUAACACACAAACACACACACACAAACAAACACACAAACACACACAUAACACGAGCCCAAGCACACGCAUGCUUAUUUAAUUGUAUCAAAUGCCCAGUCAGCAUUCUGGUUACGAGUUAUGGAAAAAGCUAACAGAAAGAAAAAAAGGAACGCGCCAGAUGAAAACUCAAAGGGAAGUGUAGACAAUCUUGAUGAGGUCGUUAUGCUUCAUCUUAAUCCAUUACGCAACACGUAUUCACUUUAAUUAACGAGCUAUCAAAUCCAAUUAAGUCUCCCAAGCCCUUCUCCCGCCCCCACCCCCACCCACCCAACCAACCCUCACAAAAUAACUGGACUGCCUGACCAGGGUUCCACGCUGUCAGGGAGUAAGUGCACGUCUGCCCCCCCCCCGAUCAGCGCCCAGAGGAGGUGAUUCGAUUUCCGAUUGCUGGAAGUGCCUCAAUAUCUCCAUUAUGCAACUUGUCUGACAUUAUUUCAGGUUAUUUUUCUUUCUCACGUAUAAGCUAUCGAAGAAGAGCUUAGCUCUACAUACCUACAAGCAUCUUUAUAUAUAAGACACAUAUAUAUUUAUAGAUAUAUACAUGUUUUUAUUUGCAAGAUAAGCUCCGUGGCAGUCUAGUUAUUUUUUGAAGCGUGGCGUGUUUGUUGCACUCGUAGGGAAAAAAAUUCAAUCGUUAAAAAGGACGCGACCCUGGUUGUCGUAGCAAUCCCCCAAACUCCCCCCCCUCACCAUACCCCCCCACCAUACCCCCCCCAUCCCCUGGGUUGCCAAGCAACCGCUAGAAUCCCAGGCAAAUACCGUAGAGCCGUAGAUAGCACAACGUGAUGACGUAGUUGAGAUACGAAAUUGUUAGUUUUUCCGAUGGGAACGUAUUGUUGUUGAAGCUAAAUGAUGUAUGUUGAUUGAGCCAUGUGCAAUGCUUGGUAGAGAAGGGUCGGUGGAGGGUGUGGAGAACCACAGGGAUCCCCCGUCUGUUUUUAAAUGAGUUUUGUAAAGUCCACACGCUCCGGGACUCUAAACACGAGAGCAGAGAGAAAAUAUCCCUCGUCUUUGCAUACGUAUUUUGGGGGAAAAUGUUUUCCAAUUUUUCCAAUUUGUGUUUAUUUUUUUCUCCUCGUUUUUAAAUUUUUGUUUGCUUCGUUUGAAACGUUUCUCAUUUGUGAUAAUUUGUUUAAUAGAAUGUGGGAGGGUUGAAGGAACAGUUUAGCAAAAUCAUAAAUAUAUUAUCACUAUGGAAAACCAGGUGCUUUCUACAGGCUAAAGUACAGUCAAGCUCUAUUAUACAUGAAUAAUAAACCAGUGGACUUGGUCAUAUCAUAGGAAAACGCUAUUAUCCUUCUUGUUUUUUUGUAUGUACCGUGGGGGAGGGGUUCAUUGUGUGAGAAGAUCGUGACAAAAGGCAUUUUUCUCCAACCUUUAUCCCUUGGAGGUCCGUGACUCCGGAGAUACAAGCUAAACUAAAAUCUCCUCCCACGGCCCAAUCCAGAUCUACCGCAGCGUAGUGAAGCGCCCCUCCCAGCUGUAAAUGAUUCUAGUAUGUGUUUGGUGACGUAGUUUCAUAGACUCAGAGCAUUGUAAAGGUUGUCCCUAAAAAGUGCCUUUUGUUCACACGACUCCAUCUUGUUAACCUGAGUGCCCAUGUCAAAAAAACAACAAAAAGAAAAACACAAAAAAAUGCCCUCCUUUAUAUCCUGUUUCUGUCAAGCUUUUAAAAGCAGUAUACCUAGUACUAAAGUAUACCUAUAGUGCUAAAGGAAAUCGGUGUCAUUUAGUUCUUUUUAUCGUUGAAUAAUUAAGAAAAGCAACAAAAAAAAGCAAAAAAAAAUCUCACUUCUCUUCCUCUUUCUCUCGUCUUCUGUCUCUUUAGACACUGGAGUAGCCUUCUCUUUCCGCAUCGCUCUUCCUCUGAGUGGAGGGAACAACACAUGAUUAAGAAUACGCAAAAAAAGUUUUUUGUUCAGUUUAUUGUUUUAUUUGUCUGAGCAGAAUGCAGUUAGCUCACAUGUUACUCUCGUCCUGUACGCUUCACAUUGUAUUGCCAUACCCGUCUCUGUUCGGCUUCUCCGUUCAACAGCUUAUGAACAAGUUGCACCGCCGGGCUCUGGUCUGGACUGGCCCGGGGGGCCAGCAGGGGGCGCAUGAGAGUGGUUUUCCAGGCCAGCGAGCCUUGACCAAUCAGUGUUGUGGGAUACCUAGCCACUUGCAUGUGAUGGGUGAGGGUCCUGGGCUGGGAGGGGGGGGGGGUCACGUUAGGGUGGACAGAUAUGUUUGUAAUUUUUUUAUUCUUAUCUAUUUAUACUUUUUUGAAUUUAAUUUGGAUUUGCUUUUCAUCUAUUGUCAUUGUCAUUGCGUAUCUCGGGCAGCGGUUAGAUGCUGCCUUCAGACAUUCGACUAUGCACCUUUUAGUGGUUGAAUGAGACCAGCUAUUUAAAAAAAAAAAAAAAUGAAUGGGGUAAAAUGCCCCUGAAUUCUCUCAGCACCUUAUUCACGGAAUGGACCAGAGCAGGGCAGCUCAGAAAAGCUCCUAUUUCCCGCAAUCAUUACGUUUUAUACACACACAUAGCUUCACAAUAUCGCUAUUUAUCAACACCCAUACAUUUCUGAUAAUUUGACCGAAAGUGAUCGGGCUCUCAAAGCCAGCAGGCGAAGCACCAGCGAGAUCAACAGAUCAGUUUCUUACUUCCUGCAACAGUCAAUAUGCAACUGUGAUUUAUUUUGUUCACGCACGUAAAGCCAUCAGCAGUAUUAUCAGUGUCUCGCCAACAACAAGCCAUAAUACAGAGACGGAACAGGGGGCAGAGGGCCGCGCAUUCGCGCUACUGCGUAAUAUGCAAGACAAGUGCGCGCUUGCUUCAGGCUAGGGGUGUGGGACCCUCCCCACCGCGGCCACUGGUGAUUAUCAGAUGAAAGUCCCUCUGGUCAUGUAAAGUUAGAGCAGCUAUGCCCUGUCUGGUCCGACGUGGUUUUGCUUUUUAUUCCUUUUGGUUUGUUUGUUUUUUAACACGUUUUGUAGCGGCGGGCGGUGUUAGUGAUGUAGAAUGAGCCCCCCCCCCCCCAACCCCCACCCACUGGUCAACGCUGGAUCCUGGAAGCCUAACCAAGUGCCCCCCCCCCACCCACCCACCCACAGGGUGCCCCCCGUGCACUCAGUCCACAGGGUUCAGAGCCUGCGGUGAAAUGCAUGUGUUAAUUACCGAUUCUUUUCCAUAAUAAUAAAAAAGAACAGUUUGAAAGAGCCAUGCCUUCACUUGAUUGAAUAAAAGGAUGUUCUUGACUGUC